GCCAGGCCCUCCCUCCCGCCCCCCCUUUCUCCUCCCUCCUUCCUUCCCUCCCUUCCUCCCUGUCUCCCUCCCUCCCAGCUCCUGCACCAGGAAACAGCCGGAUCCCGGCAGCGGCCUGACCCGGCUCCAGGCUGGGCAGGAGGAUGAAAGGCCCCAGCUGGGGGCUCCUUGCCACCAGUGCUGGGUCCUAAGAGCUGCCAUCCAGGCUGGCCGCCCGGAUGGCGACCCCAGCCUCGGCCCCAGACACACGGGCUCUAGUGGCAGACUUUGUGGGCUAUAAGCUGAGGCAGAAGGGGUAUGUUUGUGGAGCUGGCCCCGGGGAGGGCCCAGCAGCUGACCCGCUACACCAAGCCAUGCGGGCAGCUGGAGAUGAGUUCGAGACCCGCUUCCGGCGCACCUUCUCCGAUCUGGCAGCUCAGCUGCAUGUGACCCCGGGCUCGGCCCAGCAACGCUUCACCCAGGUCUCUGAUGAACUCUUCCAAGGGGGCCCCAACUGGGGCCGCCUUGUGGCCUUCUUUGUCUUUGGAGCCGCGUUGUGUGCUGAGAGUGUCAACAAGGAGAUGGAGCCACUUGUGGGACAAGUGCAGGAGUGGAUGGUGGCCUACCUGGAGACGCGGCUGGCUGACUGGAUCCACAGCAGUGGGGGCUGGGCGGAGUUCACAGCUCUAUACGGGGACGGGGCCCUGGAGGAGGCGCGGCGUCUGCGGGAGGGGAACUGGGCUUCAGUGAGGACAGUGCUGACGGGGGCCGUGGCACUGGGGGCCCUGGUAACCGUAGGGGCCUUUUUUGCUAGCAAGUGAGAAAGUCCAGGGCCAGGUGGGGUGAGGUGUGGCUGGGGGGCAGGAGAGCAGGAGCAGAGUGGAGGAAUGCCCUUGGAAGAAGUGGGGAAAAGAAUGGGCAUGAAACGGGAAUUGGAAGGGGAAAGGUGGCGUGUGAGGGAGCUGAGUGUGCCAAGCAGGCUGUUGAAAGAGUGAGCUGGAGACAUUGUGGAAUGUAUUUGGAAAGUCAGGAGAUGGAGUCAUUCCAGGGCUUGGGGGAGGUGGGAAGGAUCAUGCCUGUAGGUAUAGGCACACGAAACUCUGCCUGGAGCUUGAUUUGCUGCCCUGAGGGAGGUGGACUUGCAGAGGGGGUUGGCAUCUCCAUUCAAUGAGUGGGAUUUGGGGCAAAUACAGAAGGCACAUCCCUUUGGAACGGGAGCUCGGGGUUCUCAGGGGCUAGGAAGAAAUGCUGUGACUGAGGGCUGCUGAGACAUGAGUGUGCAUGCUGGGCUGCUUGUCUAAUCUGGUGGCGGUGAGAUUCCUUGAAGAGAAAACAUUCACUCCCUCUAGCAGUGGUGAGAACAAGGGCAGCUCCCUCUCCCCCUUGUCUUGCUGCCUCAAGGCUGAGGGAGAAACACUGUAUCCAGUCUGAGGGCUCUGGCCGCUUUUUUGCAGAAAGUUGUCAGCAGGGCUUUGGAGAGAAGAGCAGUUCUAUAGCUGACCUUGUUCCUUCAUCAUCCCCCUUCCUUGUGCAUCAACACCCUUGCUGCUGCCUCCUGGGCUCUGACAGAAAGGCAGGGCUGUGGAGCCUGCGGUGGGUGGGGGCUUUGGGAGCUGGAGCUGCCCCUGCCCUCCUCUCCCACUGGGGCACCUUGGUGCCUAAAGGGUUCCCUAUAUCUCUGGGACCUUCUGUAUCCAAACUUAAACUCUAAAUUGGGGCUUUUAACUAAUUUUCCUUUUGAGUGUGUGGACGUAAAUGCAGACCUGGAAUACAGUCUGGUCCUGCACUGUGUCUCGGAACGACUGUGGAUGCCUUGAGAGGAACAUUCCAGCUCUGAACACCAUGCGUGUGAGGGUGACGUGUAAACUCUGUGGCUGGCCUGGUCCAUGUGGUGGGCAGUGGUGCUGCUUCAUUAAAGGCCAGGUGUCUGGGUUCCAGAGUACCUGCCAUGACCUAGAAGCAUUGAUAUCUUCUUGGAAGCCACACUGUUUGCAUGGGUGUUACUUGUCUGUACCUCAGAGUCUGAGGACGUUAACUUCAGAGCGCACAGUCCUCUAGAACAGAUUCAGAUGACGGCUUUUUCUUUUGAGAAAGACAUGGUUGAGUUCACUCCAGAUGCAUGUCCUGAGCCAGACCUCACUGCUGCACUUUCCAAGGUGCUAAAAUUGCUGCUUUCCAAUGCUGACUUCUUCUGACACAGUGCUCUAGAACCCUGCCCUUGAUCCUGAGCACUGACCUGCUUAGCUAGACCAUGGUUGACUCUUGGAGAUUUUCACUGGUCCUAGAAUGUGGCGACACAGUUGUACUCACGAAAACGUGGGACCAAAAUUGGCCUCAGGUGUUUAGCUCAGACUUUUGCUUUUGAGGAGGGCUGCACUUUUUAAUGAUAUUUAUAGGGGAGGUGGUGGACUGCAUGGGCCACUUGGUCUGUUGUGAGUAUGCUGGUACCAGGCAUCAGAGCUGGUCUGUGGCAGGCAGUUUUGGGGUGUGUGUUGGGGGGGUCUCUGACUUGCUCAGGUCAAACUAGGCCAUUGGUUUUCCACCUGCUUGGCAGGACCCUGAAGUUUCCUAGGGGUUGCCUCAGGAGUCCUUGGGGGAGAUGAAGCUGGGGUGCUGAGCAGGCUAGGCGACUUGCCCUCAAACAGAACAGCUCCCCUGUAGCUGUCUUACAUAUCGGGGUUCAGGGUAAGAUUUUAUUUGCAUUAAGGGGUUUGCUGCUGAAAAAAGAAGAAAGUUGGAAAACCACUGACUAGACCAUCCAAAUUGGAGCCUGUGCUCCCCCAGGUUUGGGGCAGACUUCCCCCGCCCCCCUACCACAGAACGUCUAGCCCUUGUAGUUUUCCUGGAGCCUGUAGCAAACAGGGGAGGCAGGGACCAUGGUCAGUUACCAAAAAGCCCUGCUUGGAGGCCUUCACACCUGGGUGGAAGGAGAGGCUGUUUUCUGAAAGGGAAAAGGGCGUGGGCUGGAUUUCCAGAGGUAUAGCUUGGAUGGGACCACAGAGGGCAGUUUUGACAUGUCCUGCCCUUCUUAGCCUGAGAGGGAAUGGAAACCCCAGAGACUCUUCUGUCAGGGAAAACUAGAGACUCUCUUUUAGAGCCAUAUAGUUCCUUGGGAUUAGCUCUUGGCCAAGAUGGCUGAGUAUGGCUCCCAAUUUUUAAAUCCAUUUCAUUUUUUAAAAAAUAAGGGAAAUAAAUCUUAUUGCCAUUUUUCAGAGAUUAACUAGGUGGAGAGGGUGUUUCUUGCUCUCCAGAGCCCAAAGGGACAAAUAUGGACUUUGCUUAGGCCAAGGAAGGAGCAGAAGUAGGGCAGCUAGGUCCUGCACUUAUUAACCCCACUCCCCACUUAUCCUGGGGCAUACACUAUUUUACUUUUUUAAAAUCAUAAAGCGGCGGGAGAACAGAUUUGGUUAGUUUAGAAGAGAAGAAAAGCUCUAUAAAUAUAAAUAUAUAUUCCUGUAUUUUUAUUUAAUAAUUUAUAAAUACCAAGUUCAUUUGACUUUUAUUUUUGUGUAAUAUGUAAUGGUCGUAUUAAAAAAAUAAAUAAAGCCCAGAAGUUUAAUGAGAAGGACUGAGCAGGGUUUGUGACUUCUAUACUGUAUAGCCUUCGGUCAGGACAUUUCUUGAUCUAAUCAUUUCAUCAUGACCUUGUUAAGGCCAAGAAUUAGAUUAAUAGGGAUUUGGGAAAAUAUUGAGAUAAAAAAUUAAAAAAAAAAAAAGAAGAAAUUCCCUGGCAGUCCAGUGGUUAGUACUCCAUACUUUCACUGCCUAAGUGCCUGAAUUUGAUCCCAGGACAGGAAACUCAGAUCCUGAAAGCAGGGCCAAAAGAAAAUCAGAGUUGUUCCUCCACCCCAUCUCGGCCAAAUGCCAAAGCCAAGAACUGCAUCUGUGCCAACCCAAGCCUUGAGAGGGUGUGUGUAUAUGGUGCUUUGGGAUAGCCACAACAAAACCCAAAACGAAACAAAGAAAACCUAUCAAAAAUCUUUAUGAUGGAAUCAAGUCCCCAGUUGUGGUUUAGCCCCUGAUCAGAAGUGUGUGAUGAUGAACAUUUCUGAAUAUCCUGCUACCUCUUCAGACUUAAGUCUGGCAAAAAUGGAGCCCUUGUUUACUUUCCUGGUCCCCUUAGAUAUUUGGUUUCAGCCGUUUUAAUGUGAACUGCUAAACUGGAUGGGAUCUAUAGAAUUGUUUAGCCCAUCCCUCUGUACUUCUAGUCUAGGACCAUAUCAAAGUCAUGUCUAACAAGAAUACUAUCUUAAUUUGAAAUUACAAGUGGGAGUUUCUAGUCUUUCUAUAAUCCAAUGCAAUAACAUGGUAUUUGGUUUAUGUGUUAAAUUGCAGUGAGAAAUACACUGCUUAGAGGAAUGCACUGUUGCAUUUCUAUUCUAUGUUGAAAAAUGUACAGGACAAGCCAUUAAAAUCAGGGAGUGGCUUAGUGAGCAUGCCUUUUGGGAAAAGGGAAUUAGAUGGUCCUAACAGUUCCUAUUACCAGGCUAUAUUAGCUAGUGUAUUUAUUCCUACUGUGGUUUGAUUGGUUUAUAAUUUGCCUAAUUCCAAAAAGCAUUUGUAAUAUUUUACUAUAAUACAAAAGACAAAACAAUAGGAAAAUAUAGUUUUUUGAAGUAAGGGUAAAGGGAAAAUUGAAAUAUUACAAUAAAAUGACAGCAAAAGGAAAAUUAACACAGAAAAGCAUUCUAUAAGCAGUAUUGCCAAAUACUAAAAGUGGGCUAUGAAUUCAACUCUGAGCUUCUUGGCAGCUAAGGUAAAUUGGUGAACAAUGAGAUUCACAUCCCUUUUAGGAUUUAUAAAACUUUUCAGUUCCUCAAGGUAGCAAAAAGUUUUGUGGCUCUUCUGAGAAGACACUGAGUGCCAUUAGUGGACAUCACCAUCUAAAACGCCUAAUAGCAGUACGAUGCUGAGUUUUACACUCCCGUUGCCUGCAGAAACACCAGAGGGGGAUUCA